AUGCACGAAAAAGAUGGUGAACUAAAGGAGACCGCUUGUGGAGCCAUGAUCCAGAAUGACAUAAUCACCCCCUCUCCCAGGCGACUCGACCCCCUCCAUGCCUCGCGCGAAAGGGAUGGUCUCCAGCCCUGGGUGAAGUGCCGAAAAGACUGUGAUCAUAUAAGUAUCACCCUGAAUUCCAACUCAGAAUUCUCAGGAAGUCAGGACCUUGAUGUGAGAGGAGCAGGUUCAGAUAAACAGAAGGUGGAGUUACAGGACUGGUCACUUGUCAAGGUUUAUUUAACUUCAGAAUCUAAGUUUAUGGAUGGCACAGAUCACACAUUUAUUGAAGUAUAUCAGAUUGAAAAGUACGCCAACCACCUACUCUCCUGCCCACACUCCCACCUGCUGUCCCCGGCCAUAGCCGUCAUGCCUCAUGAGAAAUGCCGCAAGGCCCGAGGUGGGGCCCAGGGUCUCAAUGAUGCUCAGGCCACUGCAGCAGAGAAAGGAGAGUCACCUUCCCCUUCCUCUCCUGUUUUUGGGAAUACUCCCUCCAGCUCCCCUGCUGCUGGCAGUUCCCAGAAGCCUCAGAGAGCUCCACCCACCACCACAGCUGCUGCAGGUGCUUCAUGCACAAGAUCUGAUAGAGGUGCCAAGAGCCGAGUUCAGGAAAAUGCAGGUUCCUCUGAGGCCUCGUCCUCCAGUGAGAGCUCUCAAAAUGAUCCUCUAACCAGAAAGGCAGGAAUGUUAAUGCACUUCCUGCUGGAGAAGUAUAAAAAGAAAGAGCCCAUUAAGAAGGCAGAAAUGCUGAAGGCUGUCAACAACAAGUACGAGAAGCACUUUCCUGAGAUCCUCAAGAGAGCCUCUGAGCGCCUGGAGCUGGUCUUUGGCCUUGAUCUGAAGGAAGAAGUCAACCCUAGUGGGCAGUCCUACACCCUUGUCAGUAAGCUAGACCUCAACGAUGAUGGAAGUCUGAGCGGUGACGGGGAAUUUCCCAAGAAUGAGCUUUUGAUGCCUCUCCUGGCUGUGAUCUUCUUAAAUGGCAACUCUGCCACUGAGGAAGAUAUCUGGGAAUUCCUUAAUGUUUUGGGGGUCUAUGAUGGGAGCAGGCACUUAAUCUUUGGGGAGCCCCGAAAGCUCAUCACCCAAGAUCUGGUGCAGGAAAAAUAUCUGGUGUAUCAGCAGGUGUACAAUAGUGAUCCUCCACGCUAUGAAUUCCUGUGGGGUCCCAGAGCUUAUGCAGAAACCAGCAAGAUGAAAGUCCUGGAGUUUUUGGCCAAGGUCUAUGAUACCGUCCCCAGUGCCUUCCCAUUCCAUUAUGAGGAGGCUUUGAGAGAUGAGGAAGAGAGAGCCCGAGCCAGAGCUGCAGCCAGGCCUGGCACUUCUGCCAGGGCUAGUGCACGUCCUUGGGCCACAGCCAGCCGCAGCCGCUCGUCCCACCCCUAG